UAGUUUAUUGUCAAUCAUGAAGCGAUCCAUAUCGUUGUUACUCGCCAUAUCAGCCCUUCUUCUAGUGUUUCCAGCAUCACAUGCAAAACUGCGCAGAUUUCUGCCGGGAAUUCUUCGACAGUCCGAUGAGGACUUCUUCCCACAACAGUGCGACGGGAAACAGUUAACAGUUUGCGAAUCAUGUGACACCAUCAAGGUGUGCAUCAGCAGCACCAUCGACACUUUGAAUCCCACAACGCGUUGCCCAACGGCCACUCCUUAUUGCAGAACGGACACAACCAACGGGGCCAGUUGUGGCGUUCAACCGGACGAACAUUGCACGGAUAGCGUAACCAACAGCAACGCCUUUGUCUGUACCGGGACCGGCUUCUUUCCGGAUCCGUAUUCGUGUCAAGUCUAUCACUACUGCGAAGAGCAAGGUGUCGUAGCGGAUAGCUACGAUUGCCCGGAUGGAUACAAAUAUAACACCCAAAGCAACUACUGCCAGAGGACGCUGCUACCCUGCACCAGAAGUGUAACGUGCAACCCAACCGAUGGCAAGAUUUUCGUUCCCUUUCCAGGCGAUCAAUCGUACUAUGCUUUCUGCCAGUACGACCACACUACUGCAACGGCGACCCUCAAGGGAAUUUUAACUUUUUCGUGCGGAAAGGGCUCUACGUUCAACGAAAAUUCAGCAACGUGUGAGUUCCGGUGCCCUCGAGUAGGAUACUUUGUGAACACCGCAAAUCCACAGCAGUACUACCAAUGCUACCGCGUGGGUGUCCGAUUGCAGUACCGAUCGAACACUUGUCGGGAGAGCCAAGUGUUCAGCGAAGAGGAACGACGAUGCGUGACUACAUCCGGGGAUACAUCCACGACGACGACGACGACGACGACUACGACUACGACAACAACUGCUGAACCACCAGCUGAACCAUCGAUGACGGUAUGCGUCAGAAGGCAGAACUCUUAG